AUGUCACCAGCUACAAUGCGACAAAAAUGUCGAACGAUUGAAAACUAUCUGGUUGUGUGGGCUGAUGCAAACAUUGACCUAAACAACGCAGAUUGCCAACAUGUGUUGACGCAACUGCGCGGUGCAGUCAAUCAAGUGAGUACAUGCACUACAUCUACUGAAUGCAUUCAAUUACUAAAUGACAAUAAAGAGGAGACAACAUUUGUCAUCUCCUCUGGUGCAUUAGGACAACAUCUACUGCCAGACAUUCAUCCCUUGCCAAAAUUGAAUGAUGUGUCUGUAUUUUGUAGCCGUAAACAGUUUCAUGAAGAAUGGGCCAAAAAUUGGAAGAAAAUCAAAGGUGUGUAUACGUCGAUCGAGCCAAUAUGUGACGAAUUGCAGCAUGCAGUCAAGGAAUGUAAUCAGGACAACAUAUCCGUCAGCAUUGUUAGUGUGAAUGAAGAAGAUUCCAAUAGAAAACUCAAUCAGCUGGAACCCACCUUUAUGUAUUCACAAAUAUUCAAGGAAAUACUCCUUCAAAUGGAGUUUGGUGAUCAUGAUAUGAAAGACCUGAUCAAAUUUCGCCUAGAAGAAUAUCGAGGCAAUGACAAAGAAAUAAAGAUUAUCAAUGAAUUCCAACAUGCUUAUCGUCCAGAAAACGCCAUUUCGUGGUAUACCCGCGAGUGUUUCACUUAUAAAAUGCUCAACGGAGCUUUGAGAACACUCAAUGGCGAUAUUAUGAUUCGAAUGGGAUUUUUUCUUUGUGAUCUACAUCAACAGAUCGAAAAAAUACAUAAGACGCAAGUUGAUAAGUAUCAUGGUAAUAUCUUCCAAGUUUAUAGGGGACAAGGAUUAACGUCAACCGACUUCAGCCAACUUGAAAAAAACAAAAAUGGCCUUAUAUCUUUCAAUAAUUUCCUAUCUACUAGUACAAACAGAGGUAUAUCACUUGGUUUCGCCCAAAAAGCCUUAAAAAUGCCCAAUAUGAUAGGCAUUCUUUUUCAAAUUUUGAUUGAUCCCUCGAUUCAAUCGAGCCCAUUCGCCUCCAUUCAGGAGAUAAGCUAUUUCAAGACAGAAGCUGAGAUCCUAUUUUCGAUGCAUACCGUUUUUCGAAUAAAUAGCAUUGAAAAACUCGAUAGCGAACGUCCACUAUACCAAGUGGAUCUUAUACUCACGUCAGAUGACGACAAACAACUCCGUGAACCUACAGAACUUAUAAGAGAAGAAGCUUCAGGCUUCACAGGUUGGACACGAUUGGGUAAAUUGCUGAUUAAAAUAGGUCAAUUCGACAAGGCCGAAAAAUUAUAUAACUCACUAUUGGAACAUGCAUCAAAAGACACCGAUAGAGCGUUCUUCUACCACCAACUUGGCCGACUAAAAAGUGAACAAGGAAAGUAUGAAGAAGCAGCUAAGCUGCUCGAAGUAUCUCUCGCAAUCGACCAAACAAGUCUACCAGAAGAUGAUGCUGAUAUGGCUAUUACUUACGGCAACAUAAGUUCGGUCUAUUAUCAACAGGGCAACUACUCGAAAGCACUUGAAUUUUCCGUAAAGGAUUUAGAAAUCAAGAAAAAACCUCUACCGCCGAAUCAUCCCGAUCUGGCUAUCAGCUACAACACCAUUGGGCUUGUGUAUGGUGGUAUGGGUAACUACACAAAGGCAACUGAAUCUUAUGAGAAAACACUUAAAAUAGUAGAAAUAGCUCUGCCUCCAAAUCAUCCCAACUCGGCUAUUGCGUUCAGCAACAUAGGCCAAAUAUAUCAAAAAAUGGGUGAAUACUCAAAAGCACUUGAAUGUUACGAGAAAGAUCUGGAAAUUAAGAAAAAAAGUUUGCCUGCAGAUCAUCCGAGUUUCGCUAUUACUUUUGCUAAUAUCGGCCAAGUGUAUGACAAAAAGGGCGACUACUUGAAAGCAUUGGAAUUUCUAGAGAAAGCACUUGCAAUCCGACAAAAAUCACUUCCAUCAACACACCCACUAAUUAAAGUAGCGAUGUAUAAUGUUGACUAUAGAAAAAAGAAGCUAUAA